AUGCCUGUCAUCGCCCACGCUGCUCCGCACAUUGGACUUGAGCCCUCCCACAGCCGCCACGCCCCCAGUGACCUCGCUGCCCAUGUCUUUGCCACCAUCUCGCGAGCGAGCAGCAUAGCCGACACGCAUCAGUCCACGGUGAUGUCAUCACGACUCUCCCUCAAGGGUCUCUUGCAGAGCGAAAACGUGCAGAUUAUCCAGCAGAACCUCGCUGUCCUCGCCCGGUUCGCCGACGACCUCCCCCGCGACAUUGAUUCCGAGACGCCCCGUGUCACAAAUGACGAGCUUUUGAUCAUGGGUAACCUGGUGCGCGACAUAACCUCCAGUCUGGACAAGAUUGAGUCGCUGCGGGCCGACGAGAAUGAGGACGAGAUGCUGCCGCAUGUCGCGGAUAAGUAUGUUCCUACGAGGCCGAUUUCGUCUGCUGCGCGGGCACGACGCAAAGAGCAAAAUAGAAUGACACACAAAUGCCACAACUGCCACCGCGUCGAAACGCCCCAGUGGCGGCCCGGCCCAGAUGGCCCCAAGACGCUCUGCAACGUCUGCGGUUUGGUUUACACGAAACGACAGCAAAAACGUCCUACGAAAUAA